CACCCUGACUGGCCCGCCAUUCUCCAGCUCCGCCCCGCCGACGCCUCCAACCGUGACCUCGCGCGUCGGCAGUUCAAGUCACUCGUCCGCCUCCUUGACCAGAACGCCAACAAGCUCCCCUUCGCUGACGACGCGCUCAUGCGCGUGCGCGAAGCCUGGCUCGUCCUCUCCAACAUACACCGCAACGGCGCCGACGAUAAAGGUCCGUCGCAGGAUCGUGCUGGCGACGCGCCAAGGGAGAGCGUGGCGACUACGUUCUGGACCAUGUGCCCUUACUGCUGGUAUCUGCAUGAGUACGAGAGGAAGUAUGAGGGUUGCGCCUUCCGGUGUGAGACUUGCCGGCGGGCGUUUCACGGUGUGGCUGUGAAGCCGCCUUCGCCGGAGAGGAUGGUGAACGGGAAAGAGCAGUACUACUGUUACAAUGUGAGCUUGCCGUUGAGGUACCCAAUGGGGGACGAACGGCGCCGUUUUGACACUGAUGAUGGAAUUAGGGAUUGGUGUGAAAGUGGGGUUCUUGAGAGGAAUGGAAUGAAAGGAUUUCAGGGAAAUGGGAAGAGAAGAAUGAGAAUAAAAACUACGGCAAUGAGGGUAAAAAUGAAGUCUUUUGAUCCCAUAAAUAACUCUGGUUUGGAUGCAGAAGAAGAGGUGUUGUAGUUUUGCAUAUGUUUAAGAAGAAUGCACUUUCAUGUUUUCGUUGCAAUGAUGUGGAUAUUGAGAUGAAGGUUAAUACUUUGCUGUUUCCUUUUGUUGGGAACGUUGUAGCAUGGUGUAAGCAGUGUAGAAUGUAGUAGUUGACUUAUUUAUUUUUUUACUGUGAGCUUGAUCUAUCUGUUGGGGAGAGGAGCGUGCAUUGCUUAUAGUAUACAGUAUUUUUCUGCAAUGCCGCAACAAAAUGUAAUUUUUGUGCAUAUUAUUAUGAAUGAAAUGGUUUAGGUCUUUUUGUUUGUGGUGGA